CUGUCAGUGUGCGCCGAGCGUUAGGAACAAGUCUCACUAGUCGGAUUUGUAGCCAGUGAGAGAGACACAUCAAGAGAAUCUAAGCAGGACAGACGAGAAAUGAACUAUCUAAUGACUUGCCACAUCCGAGCACAUUCGCAAAUACCCUGCAACCGAAACCCAUGAAUAAGGAUUGCAACAUUUUUCCUCCCUGGAAAAUCUGGCAAUAAUUUGUAAAUUAGUUUUCAUGCUUGCUUGUAAUUUGCAUUAAUUAGUUUAGCCAUUUCCCCCCCACGUUAAUUGUCUGGAUUGCAACAUUUCAUUUGUGUGUAUGCGGAAUUACUGGAAUCUCAGAGGCAAGCAGGAAAAUCCAGUAGGAGAACUAGAGGUGAGGAAGAGAAGCAGAGAGAUCUGUCCAGCAUCAACAUGUUCUUCUGAAGAGGAAACCAUCCAAACCAUCAUCCAUCACAUUCUCGUCCUACUUCGUCGGGGAAACAGAAUGAAGUGGGAGUGAAAGGGAAUAGGAAAGAUUGGUCCAGCCUAAACGCCUUGGGAAAAAAAUAAGCAUCGGGAAUUUUUGGAAAAGUAAACUCUUUGCGAGCAAAACGGCUGUGGGAAUUGAAUUGCGCAGGAGUUUCGUCCACGAGCGACUUUCCCCCAAAGACCCUGCUUAAAUCCACUUAGACUGCACCUUUGUUUGAUCUAAUCUUCCCGUGUUUCGCAGAUAUCCAUGCAGGCUCCCCAAACACGUUGUUCCUGAAUCACACUGACGGAUUCACCUGAACGCUUUGUUCCGAGAGUCCUAGAGAUCUCCAUCCUCUGGGAGAGUAUCCCACACAGAUUUGAUGGGAGUAAACAGAAGGAAUUCGGGAUUUCAAAUGGCGAGUCGAGGCUGUGAAAAUGGAUUGGGAAUUCUGCUGAUGUUCUUAGUGGAUUUACUCGGGAUCACAGCGACCAACAUGGAGCCCAUCUACUGGAAUUCCUUGAACAAAAGGUUCAGUGAUGAUAAGGGUUACGUCCUGUACCCUCAGAUCGGGGAUCGCCUGGACCUCAUUUGCCCCGGGUCUGAGCCGCCCGGCCCCCGCGCCCCCGCCGAAUACGAGUUCUAUAAACUGUACCUGGUGUCGUCCCGGGACCAGGCAGACAGGUGUGAAGUGACCGGAGCCCCAAACCUGCUCCUCACCUGCGACAAGCCCAACAGUGACAUGCGUUUCACCAUCAAGUUUCAGGAGUACUCCCCCAACCUGUGGGGCCACGAAUUCAAAACCAAUCAUGACUACUUCAUCAUCGCCACAUCGGACGGGACGCGUCAGGGGCUGGAGAGCAUGAGAGGAGGAGUUUGUGCUACACAGGGCAUGAAGGUGGUGCUGAAAGUGGGACAGAGUCAAUAUGGUCUGCCGGCCAAAUCUCCCAAACCCGACCCCGCGGGCCGCAUCAACAACCCAAAUCCAGGUGCUGGAAACAACACACAUCCCAGAAUUCCUCCCAGAAGUCCCGGUGGUGAAAACGGCCCCCUCCCUCCCUCCAACAUCGCGGUUAUCGCAGGUGCGGCCGGCGGUUCGGCGUUCCUCCUGCUCGUGACCGCCGUGAUCUGCGUGGUGUGCUACCGGCGCCGACAUGCCAAGCAUUCAGAAUCGCACCACCCUCCCCUCUCCCUGUCCUCCCUGACCUCGCCCAAGCGGGGCUGCGGUGGGGGCGUAGGAGGCGGCAACAACAACGGCUCCGAGCCUAGCGACAUCAUCAUCCCGCUGCGGACUUCUGACUCCGCCUACUGCCCGCACUACGAGAAAGUGAGCGGGGACUACGGCCAUCCGGUCUACAUCGUGCAGGAGAUGCCUCCUCAGAGUCCUGCCAACAUCUACUAUAAAGUAUGAGAACCGGAGACGACCUUACCGACAACAUCCGCCAAGACCACACCCACCUUAAACGACUACCUAAGCCACGCCCCACAUGCCCCGCCCCCUACAGUCUGCAUCCCCAUUUACCUUUACACGCAUUUCUCCGACACACUAACCAUUCCUGGUGGAGUGUGUCUGUGUGUGUGUGUGUUAUCAUUCCUCGUCACUCCCCCCAACUUCGGCCUUUUGUUGAGAGAGAGAGGAUGUCCUGUUGUGAGGGCCUCCCUCUCUCUGACGUCCCACAUGGGGAAAAGAUCUUAAAGCUCGAGAAAACCUCCUGGAGUGAUUCAGCCCAACUGAAAAAACAUAGACUCCUUUUAUGGGGUGCUUUCUGGAGCACAAGCAUCAAAACUUUUUCUGAUGUACUUGCAAAAAUACAGACUUUAAAAACACAAAAAAAGAAAAAAAAGAAAAGGAAACCUUGUCCAAACCUACAAAGACAACACGUGAACUCUGACUUCGAAUGCUACAUCUACUCACAAAUAGCAGUCUAGUUUGUAUUAAACUCCUUCGUGAUGGGGGAGGGGCCAUUAACUCAGCCAAUCGUCACGCAGGGCUGCAGUCACGUGAUCUAGGACCCAUGUGUUUGAUUGGUGGAGUCGUAGUGGCGUGGAGAAUCUUGUAUAUUUUAAUAACGUGUGUAUUUUGUGAGUGUGUAGGAUAAAUAUUCCAACACUGCAGUCGCGCACGUUGCGACCGGCGGGCUUCAA